AUGAAACUGAGGGGAAACGUCGAGAUGUCUCCUUCCCUCGACCAGACAAGGAGAUUUCUCAGGUCGACUCUCGCAGACAUCAAUGUUCUCGCUCAUGGAGUCAGACACGUGCUAAAGGAACUCGCUGAAUGUCGCGAUGAACACAGUCGGGUGAUGGACCUCAAGCUGGUAUCGGACCUACAGGUGUUGAUCGAGGAGAGGAAGGCGGUAAAGGAGGCCAUGCUGUCCUCCAGGACCCACUCAGACCCACGGGAGGGGCUGGCGGAGUCGGACGAGACAAGCGAGACGCGAGCCUCGACGUCUGAAGAGACUGAGUCAGGGUCGUCUGAAGAUGGGGCAGAUGAGGUCUCAGUGGUUGACAGCGACAUCCGAUUCAUACGGCAAGUCGCAGCCGAAGAUUAUGUGCAAGAGAGCAAAGCAGCCGCUCGCUCUCGCUCCUCGCACCGGGGAAGCAACCAAGGAAACAUCGCAAGACAGCAGGUCACGAGACAACAUACAACACGUUCAAUCGUGUCAAGAAAGACACAGCACCGCGUUCGACUUCCUUCACGAUUGAACGAGGUUGUCUCACAGGACAUGACACAAAAGUUGUCUUCUUCGACGUUCUGGCGAUCAGUUGCAAGCAAGAGGUGGGCAGAUAGACAUGCGACGAUGAGCAGGGAGAAGCAGCUGGCCAUGAUCGGGAGAAUUUCGAUUUCUCCUGCUGCCCUUGCCCGUCAGCCCAUGAAUGAGGACCCGAAAGGCUCCAGGCAAGCCAGCAGGGGAGCUGCAGCUGAAAACCUUCAAGAGAAGAAGGAGUCCCACAGUCUAGCUGCAGACAAACAUGCCAGCACAGGACAAGGAGGACGAACAGAAGGAGAAGCAGAAGCAGCAGGAGCAGGCGAUAGAAGAGGAGGAGUCUUUGCUGUCACCGAUGCAGACAAGGCGGGGAAAGGGAACGAGUCAAACGAUGUCUCUGAUCCGAAACUGAAAAUCCAACAAGAGGAGAGGGCGAGGGCAGACUCGUUCAAGAACUUCGUGGAGAUGCUAGAGGAAGGGAUGGAUGACUAG